AUGUCAUUGACGGCAGGUUCUCUAUUCAGACCGCGUACAGCUGCGUCGGUUGUACCCUCUCCGACCCAAUCAAGGCUACCAUCUGAAAAACCACAGGAAAAGGCCAAAUCUGGGCAUGAAUUAACCAAGAACAAACACUAUUGUGUUUCUAGGUUGCCUGCUCUUCCUUCAGUGUUCACCAAGAACAAGACCAAAUCAGGUCCAACUUUUUUGAACGCAUACAGUGACCAUGAAUCAAACUACUCGCUUGUUGUUAAUGAAGAUUCAAUCCAUGUUUGGGGUUACAAGUCUGCAGAUUCUACUCCAUUGUCGAUUCAGUUCCCACUUGAAAACAAUACAUCGCUUCCUUUGGCAAUCUUAACGAGACCUGCCAACACUUCAAGUCAAGAUCCAGGAUUAGUUACCAUUGAUUCUAUUUCUGGAUUAGUUAAGUUCUAUGAAAGUGUGCAACAUGCUCCUACUUUGGGCUUGAUCAAUGAUAGAUCUUUACAAUUGACCAUCCCUUUGAACAAAAACGAGUAUAUAACUUUAGCUGAGAACGUUGAACCAUCAGGGAUUGUUGUAGCUACAUCUUCCAAAAGAUGUAUCUUGAUUCAGUUGAGAGAUUACAAGAGCAAGCCUCAGUUAUCAACUAUUGAAUUAGGUACAAAUGGUGGAAGCUCGUUUCUUUCAAAGUUUCUUGGAAAUAGAUUUGCUUCUGCUGAAGGUGAUAACGAGAUUGUUUCAAUUAGAUCAGGAAGAAUUACUAAUCACGGAAAUACUCAAGAGAUCAUCAUUCAGGAUUCGAUCGGAAAUUUCAACUUGGUUGUUUACAAUUUGCUUUCGGCUACUGCUUCUCCUUAUAUUGAUACCAGGAAAUCAUUUAGACAAAAUUUGAUUCCAUAUAUCGAAAAUUCUAUUGAUGGAUAUUUACCAGGAUCUCAAUUAAACAUUCAAUUCUUAGACAUGUGGCCAUUAUUAACUCAUGACGACGUAUAUUUGGCUCUUUGUUAUGUUGAUGAAAUUUACAAUGAAUCACAAAAGACUUUGAUGUUAAUGACAUUGAAAAUUAACCAUUCAGGAGGAUUGCUAGUUGGUUCCCAUAAACUAAAGUUUAAUGACGAAAAAGAAUUAUCUACAAAACCAAAAUUAUAUUUACCUCAACCGGGGAAAACAGCUUUUGUCAUUGUUGAAAAUUCAAUUAUUAUUACCGACUUGAACACUUCAUAUAUUGAUUCGAAAUCUACCUUUACUUCAUAUUACAAACCAAGAUGGGAAGAUAUAAUCCGCUUAAAAUCAUCAGUUGAGAUUAUUGGAACUGGGUAUGAGGACCAAUCUCCAACUUCAAACAGAGCUGUGAUUAUAAUCACGGAAAAACACGGAGUGUUACGAGUAGAAAGGUUUUCUGAAGAAGAUGAAGCCCAGGAUGAUGGUAUGGAUAUUGAUAACGAUGAAUCUAAGAGUGAUCCAUUGUUAAUUGUCAAAUCUCAUAUUGAGCAAGGGAUAUUCUAUUCCAACUCUUCCGAAAUUGACUUUGAUGUUAACCAAAAGUUUGAUAACUCAACUCUAAUAUCAGCUAUUGAAUUAAUUAUUGAUGAAAUUCUUAAUUCAAGUUCACCAUAUAUUCUCAAAUUACCUUCAAUUAGUGAUUCAACCAAGGAAAAAGUUAAAUUGUAUCAAGAGUUAAUUAAAUAUACUUGGAGAAACUUUCCUGAGAUUUCUGCCAAGAUUAUUCCACGUAUUGUUGAAAAUUUAGAAAAAGCAAAUGUCGCCAUGAAUCUUUGGAUUUCUAUCGAGCAAGAUUCUAAUAGCUCUGAUUUGAAACAAGCAUUAGAAAGUAUAAUUGUCAAAGAAACCAAGACUGGCUCUCAUGAUAUUUUACGAGAAUUUUACAUCCAUGGUCUUGGGUCCAUAAACCCGGUUCUUACUGCUUUUAUUGAACAAAUUACCCAGAAAAACAUGUCAUCGUUACUCGUCUCGAUUCUUGUGAAUACCUUAUACAAGGGAGUUUAUUUGAAUGAAGUGGAAUAUAUCAUAAAUCACCCUGAAAUUCCUUCUUAUAAAUCCUGGAUUUUCGAUACUAGUUUAAUUGUUAGAGUGGAAGAGAUUUUCAAUCAUGAAUUUGUGGCAAGAAAGGUAGAAGUGGUUGAUCAAUACCAUAAAGAUAAUGUUCACCAUUUAGUUGAAGUUUUGUAUUAUUUUGUCAAUAGUGCUAUCAAGUACAUGGAAAUCACCCCAGACACUAAAGAUGCACUUAAGCAAUACAAGAGUUGGUACAAGGCAAGGAAACAAGAUUGGAUUGGUGCUCUCUUAGUAUUGGAUUUGAACAAUGAAGCCAUCGCAAUUACGGAGAAGUAUCAUGAUUUUGCCUCAUUAGCAAGAAUUCUUGAUGCUCAAAGAGGUGAUAAUUUAUAUGAAAUUGAACAAUCUGACAUCCAGUUUAACAAAUAUUUCGAAAUGUUUGGAUAUGAAUUUGCUGCAAGCUUGUAUUAUUACUACUUAAAGAAUGAUAAGAUCCAAUCACUUAUCUUGAAUUUCCCUGAUUAUAAACAUUAUCUUAUUGAGUACUUCCAAAACAACCCUAAACAAGCAGCUAAAGUAUCAUGGAUAAGGUAUUUGAUAGAUGGACAAUUUGGACAAGCUUCUGAUUCACUUUUACAAUCGGCUCAAGAUAAAUCUGUUGAUAGUCUACAUAAUAAAUCUGUCAAAUAUUCACUUGCCAAGUUAUCCACCAUUGCUGCUAAGCAAAAUCCGGAAUUAACUAACGAAAGAUUAGAAGAAAUUGAAACUCAAUUGGUAAUGAUUAGAUAUCAAAGUAAAUGUGUUGAUGCUAUCACUAAAUUAUCUGGACAAAGAAUGGAACUGUUGUCUACUUCAUUUUUCAUCAAGAACUUCUCCAACAGAGCCAUCGACAAAGACAUCAUUGAGCCGUUGGUUGAUGGCUACUACUCAAGAUUGGUUGAAAAUAUUCAAUUAUCAUCUACUGAAUUAAUUAACUUAUUAACUAGUAUAAAGCCUACUUUGGUUGAUAAGCUUGGGUUCGCGUAUGCCUUGGAUGUUGCUCAAGCAGGAUAUAACGAAAGCUUGGUUGAUUAUUAUACCAAACUAGUCUGGUUACGUUUAUUAGUUCUUGGAGAAGACGAUAAAGUAAUUUCUCAAUUUAACUCAAAGAAUUUCAAUGAUGAUGUGAUUAGGAAAAACGUCCAAGAUUCAACAUUAUACAAGACUUUGAAAGCAACCAAAUUGAAUCCAAAUAUUAUUGCCAAACUCGAUUCAUUGUUGGAAAAUCCAGUUAUAAACGACGAUGACGAGGAUAAUAUUUUUGUUCAAAAGCUCAACCAACAAUUGUUGACCACCCUUCGGAAGAAUCUCACCAAAGAUAAUUUCAAGGCUUGGAUUGAAUCAGCGAAGGGAGAAGCAAGACUUUCCUUACAAUAA